AUGCAUCGUCACUCACAGUAUCACGACCUGCUCGCGAGUGAGGGCCCAGAGUUUGGGUUCGGAGAUGCUCCCGACGACUACGAGACUUCCAUGCAAUACUGGUGCAACUUCGGAGAAUUCCAGCUCAUUGACCCCCAACUCCAUUCCCUCUCGCUGCAUGAUAUGAAUGCCCACUAUCAGAGACCGAUGGAAGGUCAACAUCCAUAUGCCGCCUACGACCCGAUUGCCCAUGGCUUCAGCCACCGGUAUUCACGGGCCGCUGUCCACAGCCUCCUGCCUCAACUGGGCGGUUUUGACCCCGACCAGAGCGAGAUUGAGCAGCUCCGUCAUCUGCGUCAUUUCUCUCCGACCGAUUCCUUGGGGAUCGCUCUCUCAAGCAACAGCGACUCGUCCGUCAGCGACUAUCCGCUCAGUCCCGAGGCAGUUCGGAGUUCAUUUAACGUUCCCUUUUCCAACUCAAACCAGGAAUUUUACGGCGUCCCCAUGGCAGCCGCAUCGUCCACUAGCCUCAGCUGGAACCAGCAACCCUCUUUCAUGUCACCUCACCCUCCCACGCCUGUCCCGGCCAACCACACGGUCCCCAGCAUGAGAUAUCUCCAGGUCACGCCAGAUCCAGACCAUGACGAUGAGACCGUCGACGACAGGGAGGCUCUCCACUCCAAGAUCAACUUUCCCGUGGAGCUGGAGAUGUCGGAGCAGAUUGUCAGUCCUCCCGACUCUGGGCUUGACCAAUCAGUCCACGACGAUGAAACAAUGAAAGAUGAAGAGGAAGACUCAGGGGCGAUUGAGUCAGACAACGAUUCCGAAUUCGUCCCCCAAAGGAAUACACCGCGUCGCCAACAUGGCACGACCAGACGCCACUCUAUGCGUGAACCACGACGUGCGAGAUCGGUUAUCGACCCUAGGGCUCGGGUGCAGAAACCCACCCACGCCGGCGAAAUGUCCCACAAUGGCAGCUCGCGCCCCAAGUCCAAGAAGAAGCAUGUAUUGCUCAAGAAAGAUGAAUCCGACUCCAAGCACUUUCCUUGCGCCUUUCACCAUUACGGCUGCUGCGCCACGUUUGGCAACAAAAACGAGUGGAAGCGACACGUCGCCUCUCAACACCUCCAACUCGGAUACUACCGGUGCGACAUGGGCUCUUGCUCACCAGAAACGGCGCGGACCCAGCACAAGGGGUUCAACGAUUUCAAUCGCAAGGAUCUUUUCACCCAGCAUUGCCGCCGCAUGCAUGCCCCCUGGUCCGGAAGCAAGAAGGGCGAGGAGGGCGUAUCCAAGAAAGAGCGAGACAACUUCGAGAAGCAGCUCGAGCAUAUCCGCGCCCGUUGCUGGGUUGAUCGGCGAAAGGCCCCCCAGAAGACCAAAUGCGGAUUCUGUGGGAAGAAGUUCGUCGACGGCAAGGAGUGCCGCGGCUGGGAGGAAAGGAUGGAGCAUGUUGGCCGACACUUUGAGAGGGACAACUUGAAGAGCAAGGAUGAAGAUGUCGAUGAUGGGCUCAAGCAGUGGGCCAUCCGUGAGGGUGUUGUGAGAGAAGGGAAGAAGAAGGGCGAGUUCUGGCUUGUAGGCUUUGAACCUGUGCAGCCAAGUCGGCGUUCACGUGGCCAGAGAAGGAGCAGCAGACUAAUCAAGGAGGAGGAGAUCAAGCAAGAUGAGGAGGUGAGCCACAAUGACGACAAUGACGAUGACGAUGACGAGAGCGGCAGCAGCGGGGACGAUGGAGACAGCAUUGAGGCGAAGCGAGCCGACGCCCUAAUGAAGACGGAAAAUAGCGAUCAAGAGGACACUGAUGCCGAGGCUGAAGAAGACGAUGGAUGA